GUUCCACACUAACUGCCGCUCAAUUGAACUGUUUUUUUUUGUUUUUUUUGAAUACGCAGCUAAGGGAAAGAAGCUCAAACAUCACACACGCCGAACAACGGUCCUGCGUGAGAAACCGACCGAUGCUGAGGGGAGCAGAUUAAAAAGUGUCAUGUUUUUCCGCAGGUGGAACUUCGGUUGGGACCGGUUCAGUGAGGUGGACAUCUUCACCGACCGCCAUGACACCAGCGCAGAGACCCUGUCCCAGGCCAUCAGAGCCGCAGCCUCCGAGGAGCCGGACGCGGAUGGCAGCGUGCCCUUCGGCCACCUGCAGGGCACCGUGGUCGGCCUCAGAUACUACACAGGGGUGGUGAACCAAGGGGAAAUGGUCGGUUUAGUGCGACAGCCGCAGAAUCCGUACGACCGCAACGCGGUGAUGGUCGCCAACAUCUACGGCAACCAGGUGGGACACAUCAAGCGGGAGCUGGCCGCAGCCAUGGCCCACAUCAUGGACAACAACCUGGCUAAAGUAGAGGGGGUGGUGUACUCGGGCACGAAGAACAAGUUCAACAUGCCCGUGACGCUGUCCUUCUGGGGGAGAGAAGAGAACAAAAACGCUGUGGUUGAAAAUAUGGCACGCCGCGGUUUUAAGCUGAACACAAGCACAAGCAGACCAACAGGUGCAAAUGAAAUGUCAUAUAACAGUAUACAACGUAAAAAAGGUCUGACCAUCCCACUAACUGCAGCAGAGUUGAAAAAUGCAUUUGAUAAUCUGUUCGAAGGCCUGGUGGAGAGUGAUGACGGGGAGAAAGAAGCAGCUGACUCUGUGGCUACUCCCCUGCUGCCUCACCAGCGGCAGGCGCUGUCCUGGAUGUGUGCUCGUGAAAACAAAUCGACGCUGCCGCCCUUCUGGGAGAAGAGAGGGGAGCUCUACUACAACACCCUCACUUGUUUCUCUGCCAAAGAAAUACCAGAGAGGGUUCGUGGGGGAAUACUGGCAGAUGACAUGGGGCUGGGGAAAACUCUGACAACCAUCGCUCUGAUCCUCACCAACUUUCACAAUGGAAAGCCGCUGCCUGUGGAGAGAUGUGAGGAGGAGAGGGCUUCGCCUGUCAAAGCUAAUACUAAACCAAAGAUGGCCUCUAAACCUGCAGGGAGCAGCAGUGCAGGUGAUGGAGCAGGAGUGAGCGAUGCAGCCGCCGGUUCCGUGUGCUCAGACCUACCUCAGACGGAGGUGAUCUGUGUUGAUACACCAGACAUAGUGGAGAUAACGAGCCAGUCAGAGAAAAGUGCCAGCAAAGGAAAGACGAAAGCCACCAAGCGAAAGCCCAGUAAAGCAGCCCCGGUUUUGCUGGACGACCUGGACUUUGCUGCGGCGCUGGGUGGCUCAGCAUCGGACGCGGCUCCGAAGAAGAAGAAAACUGCAAACAAGGCAAAUCCCACACCGAGUGUUGAAUCCCUCUACCUUCAAAGAGCUGAUGAUUUAUCAGCUAGAGCAACUCUCAUCAUCUGCCCACUCUCUGUGCUCAGCAACUGGCUGGAGCAGUUGGAGCAGCAUGUGCGUGCCGAUGUGAAGCUCAAUGUGUAUCUGUAUUACGGCUCGGAGCGCAACAGGAGCCAGAAGUUCUUGUCCUCGCAGGAUGUGGUGAUCACCACCUACAACGUUCUGUCUGCCGACUUUGGGAAUAAGAGUCCCCUCCAUGGGAUCAGCUGGCUGAGGGUCGUGCUGGACGAAGGUCACAUUAUCAGAAACCCAAACGCACUGAUGAGCAAGGCCGUGCUCGACCUGAAAGCAAGCCGGCGCUGGAUUCUUUCAGGUACUCCGAUCCAGAACAGUGUGAAGGACCUGUGGAUGCUGCUGGCUUUCCUGCGUCUGAAGCCGUUCGACGUGCGAGAGUGGUGGAACAGAGUGAUCCAGAGACCCGCCACUCAAGGAGACCGGGCCGGCCUGCAGAACCUCCAGACCCUGGUGAAGUGCAUCACCCUGCGGCGGACCAAGAGCAGUGAGGCGAACGGGCGCCCCCUGGUGUCCCUGCCAGAGAAGAACGUGUCGGUGGAGCAGGUGGAGCUGAGCCAGCAAGAGAGGGAGGAGUACGAGCUUGCGCGCAGCGAAGGAAGAAACACCAUCGGCAGAUAUGUAGCAGAAGGGACGGUGCUGAGGAACUAUGCUGAUGUGUUGGCCAUCCUGAUGAGGCUUCGACAGCACUGCUGCCACCCCGAUCUACUGGCAAAGACGUCGUCCUCAGAUUUAGGCGCCGCAGCGACGCCCGCAGAGCUGCGGGAGCGUCUGAUAGAGAAGCUGCGGUCGGUGUUGGCCAGCGGCUCCGACGAGGAGUGCUCUGUGUGUCUGGAGUCGGUCAACCUCCCCGUCAUUACGCACUGCGCACACGUCUACUGCCGGCCCUGCAUCGCCCAGGUCAUCAGCACUGAGAAGGAGAUUGCACGCUGUCCUCUCUGUCGAAGUGAAAUCAAGGCCAGUGAACUUGUGGAGUUUCCACAGGAGGAAAUGGAAGAAGAGAAAAGUACAAAUUCUGAGAGGUGGAGGGCAAGCUCAAAGGUGCAGGCGCUGAUGGGAAACUUGCUUCGUCAGCGAUCUGAAGACAGCAGCAUUAAGUCUUUGGUUGUCUCUCAGUUCACUCGUUUCCUCACCAUACUGGAGACUCCACUCAGGGAGCAUGGGUUCACGUUUGUGCGUUUGGACGGCACCAUGACCCAGAAGAGGCGGACACAGGUGAUCCAGGAGUUUCAGAGCUCCUCGGCCGACGGCCCCGUCGUCAUGCUGCUGUCACUCAAAGCUGGAGGGGUGGGCCUCAAUCUGACUGCCGCCUCUCGCGUUUUCCUCAUGGACCCUGCCUGGAACCCGGCCACUGAGGAGCAGUGUAUCGACCGCUGCCACCGUCUGGGCCAGAAGAGGAACGUCGUCGUCACCAAGUUCAUAGUGAAGGACUCCGUUGAGGAGAACAUGGUGAAGAUCCAGAGGCAGAAGCAGGACCUGGUGGAGAAGGCGUUCGGCUCCACAAACAGCGACCGGAAAACGUCUCGCAUUGAUGACAUCAAAGCUCUGAUGGAGCUGUAGGCGUCAUUGAGUUGUAUUUGAACAACCGUACAAUCUGUUCACUUAGGGCACAGACACUUCUUCCUCUGAACGGUUACAGAGAAAUAUUCAUAUUUUGAAAGAUUUACUUGUUUUUUCUUUUCUUUUAAAGCUGCUCGUUAAUGUUCGAAAUUCAGUUUUAGUUGAUGAUUAACGUUCAUGUACAGGAUGCAUCAAUUUCCAUUGUUCAGCUGAGAUUGUCUUGACCAAUGUUUGAUUAUUAAAAAUGUCAAAGCUGUGAUAAUACA